UCAGCGCGUGGCAGCUGCCUGCGUCGACGAGCUCAUCGCCCUCGAGGCCCUCCAGCAGGGCAGCUUCGGCGCGCCGUGCCCGAAGCAGGCCGACGCGCGCCAGUCGCUAGUCCGCGGGCGGGGCGACGCCGCGGUCGAGACCGCGGGCGACGCGACCUGCCCCCCGCAGCUGUGCGAGCAAGUGUCGCGGGGCAUGGGCAGCUGGGCAGACAG